GAGGGAGAAACGUCAAAAACAUAAACAAGUGAACGUCAGAGUUGCAUUUACGACAGAAUUUUUUAGGUUAGUGAAAACACGGUAGAAGAUUUAGAACGAAAAUCGAUAUUUAUAAUAAGUGGGUUUCUCUCCUAACUCGCUAGUGUUUCUUGGACCGAAAAGACCGAAUUAGUAAUUUACAUGAAACCGAAGGUUGUGUUUUGAGUAUAAAAAUUAACCUAUAACCAUUUCCGUUAAAUCCGCUCAAAAUGGUAAUGGAAUCAAAGACCACAAGUAAAACAAGCUGCCUGAAAGCCCUCCUACUUAAAGCGUGGCGUGAGCGCUGGACUGAUUUACAAUGGGGCAUCAACAUCAAAACAGUCCUUCCGAGAGGUGUCAGCGGCGACGUGUACAAUCUAGCGGACUGCAUUUUGCAACAAGCUGUAGUAGGCGCCGGUGCCAACCAGUUAGUUUUAAGUUACUUAAGACAUUCGUUAAGUGCUCAACUUGUGUCUCAUGCGGCUGUUCUACAACGUCUUAGCAAAUACAACCAGUUAAAUAAGGUCCACUGCGUUUUCAACCUCUUGGAAUUUCUUGAAGGAAUGUUACCAGGGGUAACUUGUUGCGGAAAACCGGAAGAAACAGUGCUUGCAACAGCAAUCCUAUCGAUUGUGUGUUGGUUGCUGAAUAUUUUAUUGCAGUGCAAAGGCACCCCCCAUUUGACACAAAAAGCGUCGUUUUUGUUAACGACAUUGAUGAACGACGAUUUUUACGUAUCGAUGAUGUGCUUGGCGAGGUACAGCGAUCCAGAAUUGUUUUCUGAAACUAACCGAAAAUGUCUCGAACUGGGGGCUUCUCUCGCCGAGUCUGACGACCUCUUUAAAUGUGUGAAAAAACUAGAAAACAUUGACGUCAACACUUUAAGUCUACCAAUCACGAGCGAGAAGUGGCCAGGCACCUUGAUCCAGUGUUGGCUGGAAGUCAAACUCGUGGGUAACCCGGGGGCCUCCACCAGCUCGCUCUCGGAGCAGUUGAGACUUUUCCAGAAACUCAAAGGUUUCGACGGCCCCCGCCUCUACGCUGAGUUGAUGAGAGGCAGUUUAUUGGCACUAUAUGACGUGAAUCAAACUUCACACGAAAGCCAGUGGGGGGCUUUUGCGUUUUUGAAAGUCCCACAUAUUCUUAUGGAGUUGACGGGGAAGAAUGAUAGUUCGAGUAUUGUGAAUGCGGUGGAAUUAAUGUUGCAACAUAGCCCCCUUUUGGACGCUAUGGACGCCAAUAGCUCCUGCUCUAGUUUAGAGUGUCUUUUGGGCGAAUUAGUGAAAGCUCGGUUAAUUACAGACACUCAGAUUAAACACUUGUUGGAGAAGAGAAAAGCGCCCCCAACGCUGAAACUGGACACUGCGCCUGCGGCUGCGGGGAUACCGAAAGUUAUUAUUUGUGCAGAGCCGACCCUGGCGGGGAUUUUGAAGACGUUGUCCACGGACUAUCAUAAAAUACAGGACCCACUUCUGGGAAUGCUUCACCAAGUAUUGACAGGCAAAAGCUUCGAACUCAUUCUAGCAGUGGCCACAGUCCAAGGCCAGCUCCGAACCCUAGUGGCUCGCUUAAUACGUUUCAACGAAUGCUCGAAAUCUGGCGGAGACAAAGCCAGAGCUCAACUUUUCGAUAUAAGUUUUCUAAUGUUGGUGGCCAUUGUCCAAAAUUACGGCGCCAACGCCGUCCUAGAUCCGGACGGAGAAUCCCUCUUUGAGCAAUGGGUGAGGUCCUGUAUGGUAGAACGACAACGCCCGAAAGCCCCCGAGCAGUUGCUUCGCCUGGGCGACCCUGUCACCGUUGAGGUGCUUUUGCAGCAGUUCAAUGCCGGCGAAACUGAGUUCAAGUCGACCGUUAAGUGGCAAGACGUGUUGUUCAAUAUGGCGGGGGUUAUGCACGAAGUGUUGGUAGCGUGGGAGCAGGGAGCCUUGGCCCCUUCAGACGUCAAACGCAUCCUGGACGCCGUCCGCGGCCGCAUGUGCUGCCUCCCGCUCGCCGCCGCCGCCUGGUUGUGCGCGUACAUGCGCACCGCCCCCCAGGAGAACCUCCUCAAGCCCGUCAACAUGGUGCAGCAGCUCCUGGCGCCUCCAGCUGCCGAAGAAGACAGUCUACGCGAGCGCUGGCAGCUAACUUGCGAGAUCAUCAGGAAGAUGCAGCGCGACGUACAGUUGCCUCUCCAAACUAAGAGCAGCCACCAUUUGAUCUCUCGGCAACCGGCAAUCGAGCAGCUGCAUUCCGCCUGGUCAGCGGCUAUUCGUCGGGGUUGGUUGGACCAUAGUUCGGCUAAGACUUUGCAUUGUUUGUUGGACACGGCUGGACCUAGGUGGCUCGUGUCAGCCGUCGUCCAGGAGUUGAUGAAGUUGAGGUAUAGAGAUCAGCUGCAGAGGGGUGUGGAUUUGGCGCUGGCUGCGUUCCAUGUGGAUAUUGGGGCCUGCACUCUAGAGCUAUUGACGCAUAUUUUGCCGCAGAUGUUGUAUAAUGAUCUACAGGCGGAUUCGUUAAUGGAACCGCAGCUGCUGGCGUUGGCGUACUUGACGUGUUAUUGCGUGUAUACGGCGUUUGAUGCUUUUACGGAGGAACCCGAAGAACCUCUUGCCAAAGUCGCCCGUUUGAACGACAGCAUGGAGGACGGAUCUCCCAUGGACCAGCUCGUCUCAGCCCUGCGACAACUAUUAAUAAUUUUUGAAGACGGCAUCCACGAAGGCUACAUUACUCAGCAAACUUACUUUGCCUUCUACUUGAUUAAGGGUCUGGUGGAGGUGAAAAUUCCGACGGCCAAUGCACUCCUGGCCGCCAUCCCCCCGGCUCUUAUCACCGACUUACUGAGGACACUCCCAGAACUGUUCACCUACCCAAUCCUGCUGCAUUUACACGACGUUCGUAGCACACACGGUAGAAACAACAUGGCCAAAGAUCUCUGCGUUCUGCGCAACUAUCAUUUAAGGAAUGUAUCGCAAGAGAGUAGUAAUGUUUAAGUGUAUUUUGCCGGAGGCCCAACUACAGGGAAACAGGAUAUACACAACACCCAGACGCUGGGCUGGAAUCGAACCCACGACCCAAGGUGUAGCGGGGAAGCACGAUGCCAACUACCCACCUGGGUCCUUUAACUAGAAUCAAGAAAUUGAAAAAUUGAAGAACGAAAAUUGAAUAGUGGAAGAUUAAAAAUUGAGAAACUUACAAAUGGAAAAAGUGAAAUAUGUAUUGUAAAAUCUAAAUAUUGAAAAUUGAAGAAAUAGAAAAUUCGGAUAUGUAAUUGGAAAUCCAAAAAUUGCAAAAUUGGAAAACUGUAAAAUCGAAAAAUGGAAAAAUCAAUCAGAAAAUUAAAAAUCGGAAAAAUGAAAACUAAAAUUCAAGAACUUGAAAAACUCUGGAAACGAAAAAUUGUACAAUAUUGAAAAAUAUACAAAAUAGAAAAUUUGCAAAUCGAAAAGUUGAAGAUAUGAAAAAUUGAAAAAUUUGGAAGUCGAAAUAUUGAUAAAUUGAAAAAACGAAAAAAUGUGAUAUCAAAAAAUUGGUCGAAGGUAAAUAAAACCGAUUUCUCGAAA